AUGAACGCAUUUUUUGAUGGAUAUGUGAACUCAAAGACAACUUUAAAGCAAUUUGUUGAACAGUAUGAUAAUGCCUUGAGAAGAAAGGUUGAGAAAGAGAUAAAAGCAGACUUUAAAUCUCGAAACAAAUUGUAUGAUUGCUUUAACGAGGAGGGAGCAAUUUGUACUUAUCAUGUGAAGGAGGCUGUUCUUGUUGGUGAGAAAAUGAAGACUGUGGAAUUUGUUGUGUACUUUAAUGCAAGUGAAUGUGAAUUGCAUUGUAUGUGUCGGUGGUUUGAGUUUAGGGGCAUUAUGUAUGCCCAUGCAAUUAUUGUGCUACUUGAGAGGUGUAUAUAUCAGGUGCUAGAUAAAUACAUUGUAUCAAGAUGGAGAAAAGAUAUCGAAAGAGGGUACACAUGCAUUCCAACCACAUACACUAAAGCCGGGGUUGUUCAUAAUGCAAAGUUGCAUGAUAAAUACCACAAGAUGUUGCAUGAAAUCAUAGAAAUUGCUGCCAACGAUGAUGGUAAACACGAAGUGCUUGAUCUUGGGUUGAUAGAAAUAAAGGAUAGAGUGAGAAAAUAUCAAUCGGGUAGUGCGAGUCAUGCACCACCUUCUACUAGUAAUGUGCCACCUUCUACUAGUAAUGUACCACCUUCUCAUAGUUCACUGAGAAGUCCGUCUGCUCGUAGUACUACAAAAGCAAGCAUGUCUCGCAAGAUGCUUAGUCCUAUGGUUGCUCGCCGAAGAGGACGUCCAUGUACCAAACAAAAGGUUAGCAAAGUGGAUGAAAUAGUGAAUCGGUUGAAGGGAAAGAAUAAAAAGGCUACAAAAAGCACAAGUUAUGCUUCAGGUUAUGUCAAUGAAUCUGCCUGA